GCGCGGGGAGGGGGGUGGGGUGGGACGGCGAGGCGCCGCGGGUGCUCGCACUAGGGGCUAGGGCCAGGGUGGUGCCUUCUGUCCUUCUGCAGCCGUCUCUCUAUAUUUUUCUAUUUUGCAAUUUUGAACAUUUUGCAAGACGAGGGGUUCGAGGCAGGUGAGAGCAUCUGCGCUUCGCCCUGGAACCCGCAGGCACUUGGCGCGCCCUCCUGGGACUGUCUGCCCUGAGAACCCGAAAGUUGUUUUUGAUUUAAAAAAAUAUUCUUAUGCAGAUGUAUUUAUAAAGAUAUAAGUAUUUUUUUUUUUCUUCCCUUGUCUCCACCGCUUUGAAAGCGGGUACUUUGGGCAAAGAACGGAGGAAAAGCUCAGCAAUAUUUAGGGGAGAGAUUGUCUUUCUUUUUAAAAGAAAAAAAACUGAGUGCAUCGCGAUGGAGAAAAUGUCCCGACAGCUCCCCCUGAACCCCACCUUUAUCCCGCCUCCCUACGGCGUGCUCAGGUCUCUGCUGGAGAACCCGCUGAAGCUCCCCCUUCAUCACGAAGACGCAUUUAGUAAAGAUAAAGACAAGGAAAAGAAGCUGGAUGAUGAGAGUAACAGCCCGACAGUCCCCCAGUCAGCAUUUUUGGGACCCACCUUAUGGGACAAAACCCUUCCCUACGACGGAGAUACUUUCCAGUUGGAGUACAUGGACCUGGAGGAGUUUUUGUCGGAAAAUGGCAUCCCCCCCAGCCCGUCCCAGCAUGACCACAGCCCGCACCCUCCUGGGCUGCAGCCGGCUUCCUCAGCUGCCCAGUCGGUCAUGGACCUCAGCAGCCGGGCCUCUGCACCCAUUCACCCUGGCAUCCCGUCUCCAAACUGUAUGCAGAGCCCCAUCAGACCAGGUCAGCUGUUGCCAGCAAACCGCAAUACGCCAAGUCCCAUCGAUCCUGACACCAUCCAGGUCCCGGUGGGUUAUGAGCCAGACCCGGCAGAUCUUGCCCUCUCCAGCAUCCCUGGCCAGGAAAUGUUUGAUCCUCGCAAACGCAAGUUCUCUGAGGAAGAACUGAAGCCACAGCCCAUGAUUAAGAAAGCUCGCAAAGUCUUCAUCCCUGAUGAUCUGAAGCAGGAUGACAAAUACUGGGCAAGGCGCAGAAAGAACAACAUGGCGGCCAAGCGCUCCCGCGAUGCCCGGCGGCUGAAGGAGAACCAGAUUGCCAUCCGGGCUUCGUUCCUUGAGAAGGAGAACUCGGCCCUCCGCCAGGAGGUGGCUGACUUGAGGAAGGAGCUGGGCAAAUGCAAGAACAUACUUGCCAAGUACGAGGCCAGGCACGGGCCCCUGUAGGCUGGCAUUUUUGUGGGCUGGCUUUUGAAUAGAUGGACAGCUUGUUUCCUGUCUGAUAGCACCACACCCAAACCAACCUUUCUGACAUCAGCACUUUACCAGAGGCAUAAACACAACUGACUCACAUUUUGGUGUGCAUCUGUGUGUGUGUGUGUGUGUGUGUGUGUGUGUGUGUGCGCGCGCGUGUGUGUGCGCGCGCGCGCGCGUUUGGGAGUAUGGGCGUACGUAUGCUUGUGCUCAUGUGUGUGGUCAACUGUGUGUGUGUGUGUGUUCCUUUGCACUUGCCAUUUUCAGAUGGCCCUCUCAUCGUCUUUUAGUUUGAACAAAGAAAGGUGCCAUGUUUUGACUAGACUUUGGAGACCUCUUGUGGGUUUCCCUCCCCAUCCUUUUCCACUGCCGCCCUUGCCUCCUUGCUUCAUGUUCCAGCUUACCUGCUCUUCCGGGACUUCACUGGGAUUCACUAAGAAGGGCCCUGGUCAAAUCGUGGAUCUCAGUUCUCAAGAGUCCACACUCUUGUUUUUGUUUAAUCCAUAAGUUGCCAUGCUACCAUGGUGCACACAGUCACUUAGCACUACACACGCAGCUCUAGUCCUUUAUAGGUUGCUUUCAUUUUUUUUUAUUUUUUCAGUUUUGGUGGUAAUUGUCUUCAAAAUUUAAAGUGCUGUUUAGAUUUGUUAGAUCCCAUAUUUACUUCCUGCUAUUUACUAAGUUUCCUUUUAAUUCUACCAGCCCCAGAUAAGUAAGAGUACUAUUAUAGAACACAGAGUGUGUUUUUGCACUGUCUGUACCUAAAGCAAUAAUCCUAUUGUACGCUAGAGCAUGCUGCCUGAGUAUUACUAGUGGACGUAGGAUAUUUUUCCCUACCUAAGAUUUUCACUGUCUUUUAAAAAACAGAAAUUAAAAUAAUGCAUUUGAGCAUGACCAGAACAUCCCCAGGAUAGGGAAGCAGAGGGUAAUGGGGAGGUCUAAAAAUGAGGGGUAGAUGGAUCAGUACAUGAGCCAAAAAUGCAUCUUGGAAUAGCCUGUGGCAUUGACAUUUAGUUUCAUUGUCUCCCUUCCCCCACGCCCACCCCACUCCCACUUUUCUAGUUAACUUUUUCCAUAUCCCUGUUGAUAUUCAAAACAAUUCAAGUACUUAAGAUUCAGUUUUCCCAUUUUUUUUUUUUUUUGGUAAUAUACAUAUUUUUGUGAAUUCUCUUUUGCUGUUUUUUUUUUUUUUUAAAUCAGUUGAUUCAGUUAAUAAGUUCAUGUUUUGUAAGACCCUCUAUCCUCACGGUAUCAUUUUUUAAUGCCUCAUCAAUUCAGGAUUCUGGAGCUUCUGUUUCUUAUUCUCUGUUUGCUUUUGAACGUAUGUGCUCUUAUAAAGUGGACUUCUGAAAAAUGAAUGUAAAAGACACUGGCGUAUCUCAGAAGGGGAUGGUGUUGCAAACUGUGGUUCAUCCAAUCGAUUUAAAUGUUUACUACAGACCAAAAGGAGAGAUUAUUAAAUUGUUUAAUGUUUAUACAGAGUAAUUAUAGGAAGUUCUUUUUUUUGUACAGUAUUUUUCAGAUAUAAAUACUGACAAUGUAUUUUGGAAGACAUAUAUUAUAUAUAGAAAAGAGAAAAGUAUUCCAUGUUUUAAAAUUAUAUAGCAAAGAUAUAUAUUCACCGAUGCUGUACAGAGAAGAAGCGCUUUGGGGUUUUUGAAGUCUUUAAUAUUUUAAGCCUAUUAUUGACACAUCAGCAUGUUUUCUGCUUUAAAUUAAAAUUUUAUGACAGAAUCGAGGUGCAGCGUGACGAAUCCUGCUCCGAUGCUUUCUUGUUUCUUAUUAGGUCUCAGAAAGAAGUCAGUUAACAUCACCCAAAAGCACAAAAUGGAUUUUAGUCAAAUAUUUAUUGGAUGAUACAGUGUUUUUUAGGAAAAGCAUCUGCCACAAAAAUGUUCACUUCAAAAUUCUGAAUUCCUGGAAUGGAGCAUUUGCUGACGGUGCCCCAAACGAUCUUGUUCUCCUCUUCUGGCCUAUGCAUCUCAUGCAGUGUAAGAUUGACAUCCGUGCUAUGUGUAUGGCUUGUAAUCGGAUAGAUGUUUUGACUUUAACGAUGAUUGUCCUUCUGUUUCACUAAGUUGUAUAAUGUCAAGAGAUUCUGCUGUUAUUGCAAAGAAACAUUUUGUGCUAGAUUAAAAUCCCCUUCCAUCAACGGGAGCUUUCUAGUGUCCUGCCUCCAAGGUAUCUUAAUUCUUUAACUAUCUGGUGGUCUCCUUCUCUGUGCAUCAGGACUGCUUCUCUCCAGUUGUGUCACAGAUUUGGGAAAUGUGGCCAGUAGGAUAUUUCUACUGGGUACCCAUUUUGUUCCAAACCACAGAGCAUGGCAGGGGGUGGGGGAGUCUUGGAACUAAAAUACAUUAUUUAGGAAAAUUACUAAUAAUAACCAACAAAAUCUUUGGCAAUCUUAAGUAUUACUGAGUAAAGAAACUCAGUAAGAGCCACAAGUGAACACAGAAUUGACCUUUUUACAUAUGAAGAGGCUAACUGCAGACUUCUUAAAUGAGAGCCAACAUUAAAGACAGACAAGUUACACCUUUAAGUGCAGAAGCUGAAGGGCUGUGCUGUGGAUCGUCUGCUGAAAAAAAUGUUUGCACACUGGUCUUUCUUGGAAUUAGAUUGUUUGUAUCAAAUGAGCAUCACAGAUGUUUUCUGCAGAAGAAAUAAAAUAAUCAUAUCAAAAUGUAUUCUUCUUUUGGGCCAGGAGAGGUUUCAGACACCUACCUCGUCUUAAAACAUUAAACAUUUUGGAGUCUGUACAGGUGCCUUAUAUGCAGGUCAUUGUCAACAAACACACACACACACACACACACACACACACACACACACUCCUGGAUUGGCUGCCUGUCUGUCCAGGGCAAUUAACUAGUAAGUAAGACAGUCUUUGCUAAAUGGAGUGGGAAGCCACAGUCUGACUAUGAGUGACUUGGAUCCAGGGUCAAAUGAGCACUUGCAGAUUGCAGCUACUAUGAGAGUUCCUGUUGUCAUUUUUCACCUUUUCAUCCUAAGCAUCUUUCAGAGAUUAAUGACUUGGCCAUUAAAAAUGAAUACAAGUCACAUCACGCCAACAUCAUUUAGAUGCAAUUUGGGAUGAGUGGCUCAGAACUUCCUGAUAAGGUCACCUCAUUGUUUCUUUUGAUUAGAUUUUCCAAAAAAAGGCAAAGAAAUAAUCAGCCUAUCUCUGCUCGCUACCUUGAGAAUGUGGUCACUUUGGACCAUUCAGAAAUCCCAUGAGGUAAGGUUGUGCUAGGCUGCUUGGUCUAACUACACAGGUUUCCUUUGAGUCAUCCCUCCAAGCAGGACCUUUUGUUUGAAGAGAAGGAGAAUAUGGAUGGGAUUCUGGCAUUGGGUGAAUGAGAAGCUGUAUAAGAACCCAGAGGUUCCUUCUAACCCUCUGGUUGUGUCUGGGAACUCAUAAUUCUACAUGUACAUUCAGAAAGUCUAGAGUCAGAAGAAUCCAGGAGAAUUUUAAGCGGCACCCUCCGCCUUACCCCAGGGUGAAACAACAGACCUUCUGUAAAAUGCAAAGUUGACUUUGGAUUUUCUAGUACUUCACCUAAUUUUCCCCUUAUGUUCCUUUUAGGAAAAUUCACACUCUAUCAGUUAAUUAGUGAGAUGCCAAAACAGCAGCCUGCUUGGCACACUGGGCUCAGUCACCCCUGCAGGUGACUGAGAUGUGUUGUGCCCUCCAUGUGGUGGACACCUUCUGGACUCAACAUGCCCACUUCCUGCUGAGGGCUCCUAGGCACUCCCCACUGGUGAGACCAGUUCUCCUGUGGAUGUUGGCUAAAAUUAAUGUUUCUAAAAAUGAGCAAAACUUUAUCUUAGGUCCUGAUGAAUUGGAUUUAGCAACCAAAUCCAGUGCAUUUUGCAGGAGACCAGGUGUAUACAGGGGAGUGUGUGUGUGUGCAUGUGUGUAUACAUAAGUCAAGAUGUAAAAUCUUUCAUUUUUGAGCACCUUACCAAAUGACAAUUACCCAUUAUCUUUUUGGCAACACCACAAAGAUCGCAUCUGUUAAACAGGUACAAGUUAACAUGAGGUUAGUUUAAUUGUACACCAGGAUAUUGGUGGUAUUUAUGCUGUUUAGUCCAAACCUUUAUCUGUCUGUUAUUCUUAAUGUUUAAUAAACUUUGAAUUUUUCCUUUC